AUGCCUCGGGGUCAGAAGAGUAAGCUCUGUGCCCAAGAAAAACGCUGCCAGGCCCUAGACGAGCCCGAGGAUCUGGUAGGUGCUCAGGCCACUGUGAGAGUGGGAGAAGAGUUCCCGUCUUCUUCCUCAUUGCAAAGCAUUUCCCAAAACUCACCUAUUGCUUGGUCAUGUUGCAAUCCACAGGGUCAGAGAGCCAGAGCUGUUUCAUACACUGAGCCCAUCUACAGAGGCCAUAUGGAUGAGAAGGUGGUUAUACCGGUGUACUACCUGUUGUACAAGCAUCUAAUGAAAGAGCCUAUUACCAAGGCAGAUAUGCUGAGAAAUAUAAUCCAGAUUUAUAGGAAUCACUUCCUUGAGAUCCUCAAGAGAGCUUCUGAGCACCUGGAGAUGAUCUUUGGCCUUGACCUGAAGGAAGUGGAUCCCUACUGGCACAUCUAUGUCCUUGUCAACAAGCCAGAACCAAGCUAUGAUGCAAACCUGAGUGAUGAUAAAGAGGUUCCCAAGACAGGCCUGUUGAUGGCUGUUCUGGGUGUGAUCUUGACUAAGGGCAAUUGUGCCACUGAGGAGCAAGUCUGGCAAAUAUUGAAUGUGAUGGGGUUAUAUGAGGGGAGGAAGCACUUCAUUUUUGGGGAGCCCAGGAAGCUUAUCACCAAAGAUUUAGUGCGGGAAAGGUACCUGGAGUGCCGCCAGGUGCCCAACAGCGAUCCUCUGUUCUAUGAGUUUCUGUGGGGCCCAAGAGCCCACACUGAAACCAGAAAGAUGAAAGUGCUGGAGUUUGUGGCCAAGAUCCAUGAUACGGUCCCCAGUGCCUUCCCAUCCUGGUAUGAAGGGGCUUUGAGAGAUGAGGGAGAGAGAGCCCGAGCCAGGGCUGCAGCCAGGGCUGGCACUGCUGCCCUGGCCAGCGUGCGCUCCAGGGCCAUAGCCAGCAGCUCCUCCCACCCCAAUAGAGUUAAUUUCAGCAUAACAGAAGGUGUCAUCUGGCUGGCUGCACCAUGUACUGGUGAAAGGAACAAGUUUAACGUGCUUUGUGCUCAGGUUGCUAAGCUUCUUGGCUGGCCCUGUCUUCCCCUGCACCUUGGUUCUCAGCAUUCUGAGACUUGGUCAGCUGAAGAUAAAAGAAAUCUACCAGACAGUUUAGAGUGUGAAUACGAUAUGCCCAGAGGCGGCCACACAGGCCCCACCUCCCCCGCCCCUGCUUUCGGCCCCGGAGGCUCGGGCCUGGCUGUUAGGCCCAAAGUCCAUCCGCUUCCCCAGCGGGGUCUCGGGCAAGGAAGGCCUCGCUCUGAGGCUGGUGGACCCUGGCUCAGCUCAGUAGAGGGAGCGCCCCAGGCCCUAUGGAGUGAAGGACGGGACCCUCGUGGGGACCGAGGGGCUCCACACCCCAGAAUGGCGGCCACGCGGACCCCGCCCCUGAUGUCGGCCUGGGAGCCUCCGGGCAGGUGCCCUCGUUGCCUGCCUUCCUGCGCACACUCCCGCCUACGGGCCCUGACCUGUGUCAUCAUGCCUCGGGGCCGGAAGAGCAAGCGCCGUGCCUGCGAGAAACGCCACCAGGCCCACGGGGAGACUCAGAGCCUCAAGGGUGCCCAGGCCAGUGAGGCGGCAGCGGCGGCGGCGGCAAAAGAGAUACAAGGGUCGCCCUCCUACUCCGCUUCUGUUUCUCAGGGCACUCCCCCGAGCUCCCCUGCUGCUGGCACUCGCCAGGAGCCUCAGGGAGCCCCAGCCACUACCUCUCGUGAUGAAGGGGUUUCAUGCCCAGGAUCUGAAGAGGGUGCCCAGAGCCAAGAGGAGAAAAGUGCAGGUACCUCCCAGGCAGCACCUUCCAUUCCCAGCAGUUGCAGAGAUCCUCUGACUAGGAAGGUCAGAAAGUUGGUGCAGUUCCUGCUGGAGAAGUACAUAACGAAGGAGCCCAUCCCGCAGGCAGCACUGCUGAAGGCUGUCAACAGGAAGUACCAGAAGCACUUCCCUCAGAUUCUCAGCAGAGCCCUUGAGAUCAUGGAGCUGGUCUUUGGCCUCGAGCUGAAGGAUGCCGACCCCAGCAAUCACUCCUACGCCCUCAUCAGCAAGAUCGCCCUCCCCAGCGAGGGAAGUCCGAGUGAUGAGUCGGGGCUGCCCACAUCCGGUCUCCUGAUGAUUCUUCUGGGCCUGAUCUUCAAGAAGGGCAACCGUGCCACUGAAGAGCAGCUCUGGCAAUUCCUCAAUGCGUUGGGUUUCUAUGCUGGGAGGAGGCACUUGAUCUUUGGGGAGCCCAGGAGGCUCAUCAGCGAAGAUUUCGUGCAGCAGAAGUACCUGACAUACCGCCAGGUGCCCAACAGCGAUCCUCCGCGCUAUGAGUUCCUGUGGGGCCCGAGAGCCCACGCUGAAACCAGCAAGAUGAAAGUGCUGGAGUUUGUGGCCAAGAUCAUCGGUACCGUCCCCAGUGCCUUACCAGAUCUCUAUGAGGAGGCUCUGAAAGAUGAGGAAGAGAGAGCAAGAGUGAGAGUCGCGGCCAGGGCUGCAGCUGUUGCUGAGGGCAGAGUCCCUUCCAGGGCCAAGGUCCACAUCUGCCCCAAAUGUAGGCGGGGAGGCCGCGGGCAGAUUGCUUACUUUCUUUUGGAAGAGAGCAGUCAGGCUCCUAAAUAG